UCCAUUUUCAGCUUUAGUGUAACUAUGUUUUUUUAAAGAAGCUAAAGCAUUAAAUUUAUAACUUUGCAAUUUAAAAGGCAACUAUGGCUGAAGAAGUUAUAAAUCCUGUUUCUGUUGAUAUAGAAGUACAAACUGAAGAUAUUGAAGUAAAAUGGAAAGGUGAUGUAGAAGUUUCCAGUGACUCAGAUUCCGACAAAACGUUUGGUGCACCACAUGGCAGCAAUAACAUGGCAUCACAGUUUUCUCGGAAACUUGGAGAUGACACGGAAACUGAUAUUUCAAGCAGCUGCACAUUAUCUAGCACAUGUGGCAGCACCAGACGAAGUAGUCUGUUAUCUGAUUCAGACUUUGAAAUACCUUUUCAAAUUUUAUUUCGAUCAGCAUCUUCAACAAAUGAAGGUACACAAAUAACUACUCCUGUCAGAUUUUCUACAUCUCCUGUCUUGGAAGGAUUGGACCUGUUAUUACAAAGAUUAGAAAGUGAACGAUUUUCAGAACUAAGAAGUAUCCAGCUCGAUGAAAGACCAGUGACAGGAAGAAAUUCAAGAGAAAAUCUAGAAACAUUCUUUCGAAGAGCUAUCCAUGGACUUACUGAGGAAGAACGGCAACAACAAGAAGAAUUCAAUCGACCAGAACAUGUUGCAAAUGAUGUUAACAAUUUACAGGAACAAAGUAUUGUUCAAUCCACUCUUCAGACAGGGUUUAGAGCUCAAUUAGAACAAGCCUUAUCUUCAAGAAUUCAACAACAAACGCGACAAGUUGAGAGGCGCAGAGGAUCAGUACGACACCCAAGUGUGGGGGGAUUGGCGUUCCGGUCACAACUUGAAAGAAUGUAUGGUGAACGUGCACCUCAGCCUCAACCAGCAUCUCGAAAUAAUUCAUUCCGCAGGCAACCAAGACAAAGCGUACAGAAUAUUUCUCCACAGAAUGGAACACCAUCACAAAAUACCACCUCUAGUAUUCCCACACCACCACCAUUAACAGCUAUACCUGAGUCACCUCAAACUACCAAUCUUCAAAUUACAAUCGAAACUGGACUUCAGUUGCUCACCGAAAGUAUAACUGAGGAUUUAACAAGACUGCAAAGUUUGCAAGUUGUCAGCAACAUGCUAAGAUCAGAUUUUCCUGAUCAACUUGAAUCUAUUGUACGAUCUCGCGUGCAAGACGCAGGCAAUGGAGCUUCUGUUCAAGCAUUCAUUCGUUCCUUGCCACGACGAACAGGUCCAAUACCAAGGAAUCAGCCUCGAAACGUACAACUAGAAGCAUCUAUGAAUGAAAAUACUGCUUCAGAAUUACACAGUCUGAGACACCAGUUAGAUGAGAUGAAGCGUAUGAUGGCGAUGAGUAUGGAGAUACAGCUUGAUACUCAGCGUGCGAUUCGACAGGAGGUGGCAGCUGUGUGUUCUGCUUUCAUAAAGGACAUGUUAUCACAGACACAAGGGCGAAGCACAGUUGAAGCGGGAAUGCAACAACCGACACUUUUUUAUCCACCGAGAUCAACAACCGUCACCUCUGGUCAGUGUGUCAUCUGCAUCGAUAAUAGUGUUGACACAGUCCUCUACCAAUGCGGACAUAUGUGUGUUUGUCAGCAAUGUGGUUUGCAAUUAAAAAUAGAUGGACACAAUUGUCCAAUGUGUCGAGCACCGAUACGCGAUGUGAUUAGAACAUAUCAAACACAGUAAAUAUAUCAGGGUGCGAGUUAUAUUUACACAACACAAUAGACAUGUGUAUAUAUAAUUAUUUUCUCAAACUAAUUUAUAACGCAAAAUUGUAAUUACUGUAAAAUGGGAAUCUUUUUUUAAAAACCAGUUACAGGA